AUGGCUCAUUUGUCUUUUACUGUUUCCUGGACAUUGGCAUCAGUCUUUGCAGGCUACUGCUUAGGCAGAAUGUUUAGAACUGAUACCUUGCAACCUACUAAAAAUCAUAAGACUUAUGCAAAACAAGUAAUCGAGCAAGCAAAAGCAAAAGCAGGAUUCUUGGGGUCUACGAAGAAAGAUACUCCUGAUGCUUCUGAUAGUUCAGAUGAAGAUGAAGGUGUGGAAGUAAAUUCUCUUGCAUUAAACACAAUAGCUGGGGAAGUACGCAUGGCUUUAGUGGUUCGCAGUGAUCUACAGAUGACAAAGGGCAAGGUGGCAGCCCAAUGUUGCCAUGCAGCACUUGCAUGCUAUCGUUUAAUUGCAGAAGAGCCGUCCCGUGACUCUUAUAACCCACAUAUGGUCUCAAGAUGGUUGUCGAGAGGGCAAGCAAAAAUCACUUUAAAAUGCCCUGAUAAAGAAAGCAUGGAUGAGCUAUUUGCAAACGCUUUAGCAUUAGGCAUUAAUUGCUAUGUUGUACAUGACGCUGGUAGAACUCAAAUUGAAGCAGGAAGUGCUACGGUCUUAGGACUAGGCCCAGCGCCUAAGGCUAUAUUGGACGAAGUUACAGGGGGGUUGAAAUUGUAUUGA